AUGCCUUCAGUAACAAAUUUAUACAAGUUCUUCCUAAACAGCGACAAGGAGAGGCGGCGGCGGAGAGUUGCAGAAGUCGGGGCUCGGAGGCGCCUUUUCCGUACCGGCAACGCGGUCUUCGGCAUUGUACGGAAUCUGUCGAGGUGCCUCCCCCGGCCCGCUUUUCCUCCGGGUUCUCUUUACGGAGAGUCCUCCAAGGGUAGCUUGCCGGCAGCUGCCUGCGCUCCCCCGAGGCGCAUGCAGCCUCCUCUCUCCGAGAGGCAGGAGGUGGGGGGAGCGGACCCCCAUCCCGGGAGGGUCAUGGCCCGCAGAGCCGUGCCUCCCUCGCUGUGGUCCGGCAACGAGCGGCUCCGCAUUGGGGAGCGCCUCCAAGCCAGCCUCGCGGGGCUUUUGGAGCUGGAUCUUCUGCGCGAAACGCAAAGGGAGGCGGUGGAGCGCGCCCUGGAGCGCCGCCAGAAAGAUGGAGACCGGCAACAGAAAGACGGAAACCUCCAGGGUAGCAGUGACCUGCCACCUGCAGUCAAGCUGGACCGCAGCAAAUCCGAGGACCUUCUCGGGACUCCCAAGAAGCCUCGCGUCUCCUACAGCUCAUCGGAGAACAUUGAGGUGGCUUCUGGAGCUCUCCGUGUUCAUGCAGGAGACAGAUCUGACACUGGCUGCCUCAGGUUACGGAUGGUCAGCGAACAGUUGCUCUUCCCCAAGAAAGCUGGAGUCAAUGGAGGGGAUGCCCAGGAGAUCAUGGAGGCAGACUCCCGGCCCAGCUCAGGGUUUUAUGAGACCAGCGAGAUGGGCUCCCUCUCGGAUUCCUGCGCCUCUGUACACAGUGACGGACCCGGGGAUUCACGCUGUAGUGUCGGCUCCCUCUCUCACCUGCCGGGCCUGCGGGAGAGCAACUUUGUCCGGCCGCGCUCUACGGAUGAGGCUGCCGUCCGUCUCCUGGACCUCCAACUGCAGCGAUUCACGUUGGCAGAUGCUCCUGGUGCUGACGGUAGAAGGCCUGUUUCGACAGGCGACCUCGAAUUCCUUUUGGGCCUCGGAGACUUGUCCCUGCCGCUCUCAAAGAACCCGAGCCUUCAGCUGCUGCAGUACAAGUCAGACCUCGUCUCUCGGAACACCAAUGAGAUCUACCACUACCCCAGCCCCUUGCACGCCGUGGCUUUGCAGAGCCCCCUCUUCACCAGCAGCCUCUCCCAGAGCUCCUCUCAGGAAGAACUCGACGAGGGUCCCGUGGAGCUUGCCGGGGUCAGCUCCCCCAAAAGAAUGCUCCCUUCCUCCACAGAGCAGCAGCGGGCCCAGCUGGACCGCUACAUUGCCAAGUUGGUGUUGCGGUACAAGUGCCGUUCGGCAGUGAACAGGACAGAAGUGGGAUUCCUCUCUGGGAACCAGAAGAGUUUGUCGAUGCUGUCUGUCUGCAGUUCCAUGCUGGGUGCCAGCCAACUCCUUGCCUCGGCACCAGGGUGGAAGAUCCGGCGGCGCAUCUCCACCUGCUCCCACUUUCGCUCGCCGGAAGGCUCGGAGGGGGCGCGAGAUUCUCAGGUCUUGGAUGGCCAAGGAGACUUCACAACAUUUCCAGAGAUCAGCUCCAUCCAAUCCAGCACCACCAACCUCUCCAAGGCUAGUGAGCCAUCAGUAAUGUCCCUCCCUGAUCCUCUCCCACCAUACCAGGAGCCAUCCCGAACCUCCUGUCCAAAGAAGCCACCUGGUGGAUCGGAAAGAGGGGUUCUCGAGUGGGUUGACCGUACCCACUGUUACAUCGUCCAAGUGGAGUCUCCUGCCCGGAAGGUUCUGUCGUUGCCCCCGGCUGCUGUGGACUUGGACAAGCUAUACAAAGGUAAGCAUGCUUCCCGGGAACUGGUGAAGACAGCAGAGAGGCUGGAGAAGCCUGCGGAACGGAGCUGGCUAAGCCCUCGGGAACUGCUGCGCAAGCUUAGCCUCCGUCGUAAGCCAUCCAACCGGGUGGGGAGCAGGGCCCGGGCCAGCUCGGAGAUCAACGUCCAUGCAGCGGCGGGGCUGGUAUGCAAUGCAUCCUUUUGCUUCCUGGGGGGCAGUCAUCUGGACCUGCCGCCCCGGCAGCGGGCUGGCUUUGCUGGCAGUGGCUCCGGUCUUGGUGAGGCAGACGCCACGAGCGCCAUCAGCCUGAACGGCGACUGGAUCCUCCAUCACCUUGGUGACAGAUGGCCCCAUGGCUCUGCCACCUUAGACUCCACCGACCUGCCGGUGGGCAGCUUCAAGCUUCGCCGCAGUCGCUCAUUUAAGGAGCUCAAGAGGAUGAUGUCCCGAUCCAUCAAGGGUGCCAGAGCCCCCAAGUGA